AUGGGUUUGGACGAGCUGAAAUUGCAGGGAAAUGAAGCAUUUAAGGCGAAGAAGUAUGAAGACGCCAUACACUACUACACGAAGGCCAUCGACUUGAGUCCUCAACCGGAAGCUGCCGCUGCGUUGUAUUCAAAUCGCGCAGCUUGCUGGCAAAAUACGGGAAAUGCGGCGAAUGCGCUGAAGGAUGCGGAGAGCUGCAUCCUGCUAAGACCAUCUUGGAUAAAAGGACACUACCGAAAGGGGACGGCGUUUGAAAGUAUGCAAAAAUACGACGAGGCGUUAAAGGCCUUUCAACAGGCCGCAAAACUGGAGCCUGGAAAUGAAGAAAUUGCUGAUAAGCUGCAGCAGUUGGUUCUCAUGCUGAAGGAACGCAACGAGAAGGCGUCUCCAGGGGCUUGUAGAACGCCCGAUGAGGCUAAAAACAUAGGGAACUCCUUGUUUGCCGCCGGAAACUUUGAAAGAGCCAUGUUGUUCUAUUCUCGUGCGAUCGAGCUUUCCCCUGAGGGGAAUGCAGAAAAGGCCAAUUAUUAUGCAAACCGUGCGGCUUGUCAUCAACAAACGCGCAAUUAUCAUCUUGUUAUCAAUGAUUGCGACAAGGCCCUUGUAAUUAAUCCCACCCAUGUCAAGGCUCUGCUUCGCCGUGCUAUUGCGUAUGAGGGACUGGAGAGCUGGAGUAAAGCUCUGAAUGACUAUAAUCAGGUUAACCGUGCGUUUCCUGGGAUGCCGGCAGUGUCACAAGGCGUGCUUCGAUGCCAGCGUGCUCUAAGGGGCUAA